AUAAUUGUGCUCUCUGUGACUUCUGGCCCUCCGAGGAGGAAACGCGUCACAGCUCUGCCUAACCUGGCCAAACCACGAGCCUCCUCUAGGACUCCUAAAUCCCCAUCCAAAUCCCCUGUAAAACCAGUAACACCCAGUGAACCUGAAAACUCAACCCCCACUGAAGAGUCUUCCCUUCAGAUACCUGAGCCUGUCAGCAACCCCAGACUUCCUGGAAGACGGAGACCUUCUGGAGGAGGCAGACAGGCCAAAGUUCAGCCCAUCCCUGCAGCCCCACUGCAGAAUGACCAAGAGACAGAGACGCAGAAGGAUGGGGGAUUGGAGGACACUCUUGUGCCGCUGACUGUCCAGCAAAGAUUGCAUUACCAUGAAAAUGCUGCAGUAGAUGAACCUGAGGAGUCUGAAAAUCUUACUUCUGAUGACAGCAGAUUCAAGAGUCCUGCUAUUAAACCGGCUCAGCUCAAAGGUCGACCCCAGAGGGCGAUCCCGAAUCUCAGCCACAGAUGGGGGAGCAGGCACCCUGUGCCCAGAGGCAAUGUCCAAGAGGACAGGACCUCAGCCAGGGAGGGGUGUAAAGUGGACAAGUCCCCCAAGGCUAUAAAAGAGAAGAAGCAUUGUGCAGUUCUCCUUGAAUUGGAAGAUUUAGAGGAAGAACCUGACCUGAGUGCUGUACAAGAACAGAUAUUCAAUAAACCAACCAGGUCAGGAAGGAUCCCUAAGCUCUCUCAGCAUGUAAUUCAAGCAGCGGAAGAGGAAGAUGAGGAAGAGCUCUCUGAUCUUCCUGUAUCUUCCAAAUUUCAUGGUCAGGACAUCAAGGCACCUGGCCGGAGAGCUAAAUUAAAACCAGGUCCCAGAUUGAAACAGGGCAUGCCUAGGAGGGGGAAAUCUAGGCUGGUGACCUUACUGGCCUCUGGAACUGAAGAUGAUGAUGAGGAGGAGGGAGAAGUAUCUGUCCUGAGCCAGGAAGACUUUCCUUCAAAUCCUGAAGAGGAAAACCAGGCGUUUGUGCCAAUGAGUCUACGCCCUCUACCACCUGUUAAUUCAGAGGUGGUAGAAACCAUGGAAGAGCUGGACAUUUCUGUGAAUGUGUCUGAUAUCCUGGGCACAUACCAGAAUGCUUUGUGCCCUGAGUUGUCAUGUGAGCAGGCCACGGUGCCUGCCAGUCCUGUCCCUUGUGAACACCAGUUGGACCUGCUUGUUGACGUCAUUGAGUUCCUUGACCCAGACCACAUGGAGGUAUGUAGAGAGAUCAACAAUGAAGCCGCUGAGACUCUUCUGACCAUCGGGAACUCAGCUCAGAUGAUCCAGACAUCAGAAAUGCCCUGUACAAUUGGAAAUGAUAUAAUUGAACAGUCAAGCAUUGUACAUGAAGAGGUUGUCCAUGAGGAAGUUAUCACAGAAACAGCCGACGUUGAAUUUUCAAGCUAUGAAGCUUUUAUUCCAGAACCUUCUGCUGAAGAAACCCCCACCCAGAAUAAGGAACCUAUCAAAUCACAGACAACUGAAGAUCAUCCUUGUCCCAUUCAACAUGAGACACAGGUUCCACCAAGUAAAAGAGGUCGAUUCUCCAAACCCAAUAUUGGUCAAGAUCUGAGAACCAGACAGCAGCAAACCUGUCCAGAACUUGUCACAGGUUCUUUUGGGACCUCUAUGGGUCCAUCUUCCACAGAACAGGAUAGAAAUGCAGCAGAACCCAUGCAAGAAGACUGUGUUCCUGUGGAUCACCUGCCAGACUUCUCUACCGUCCACCCUGAGGUACUACAGCCGGAUCCAUCAUCUGAAAGAAGAGAAGACCGUCCCAAAGUCAUCCCUGAAAGAGUGAAUAAAGAAGAUAAUCGAUCUGUCUCAUCUUUGAAAAGAAAGAAUGAUGAUAUAAUCACAGAGGAAAAUAUAAAAGAACAAGAAGGGGCGAGAUUAGAACCACAGCUGACUAAAAGUGUGAGUGAGUCUCAGAGCACAUCAGAUGAGCCCUCUAAACCUGUCAGGAGGUGCCGCGGACCCAAACCUAAACCAAACCUGAUUCAGACAUCCAGGCGCACACAGACCACAACAGUAUUAAAUCAAAAGCAGCCUGCUGCCGAGUGGUCCACGAACACUUUCACUAAAAGUCCUGAAGAGGGUGCGGUAGUUACCACAGAACUUGAUGUAUUCACAAGCACAGCUCAACAUGUGGUGACAUCGAGCAUUGAAUCAGCACAGACCGUCAAAGAUGUCACCCUGCCAGUUGUUUCUGAAAACAAGUCCAGACAGAAAACUGUAGUCAUGCUGGAUGAGAACAACAGAACCAAUCCUGAGGAUGUUUUUGAAGACAGCACUUUGAAUCGUUCUGGAUGUGAAUCAGAAGACACAUCUGCUGAGCCCACGCCCGAGGAACCUGUGUUUAUACUGUCUCUCACAGAAAUCCCACCCACCUUAGAUGAGGGGGCGGACUUUCGGACAGAGCCCCUCCCACCUGCAGCAGCGCCCGAGUCGCAUUCUCAUGGUCAAAGCGCUAGUGAGAGCAGGGAGGCAUCUCACCUUCUGAUCACAGAUGCUUUAGUUCCUGUGUCAGAGGAUGAGGAAAAGAAAAGUGAAUGGAUGGGUGUGGGCAAAUCAGUGAAAGGAGAAUUGAAAUGCAAGACACCAGCCUCCACAUCUCAGGGGAGUACCAUAGAUGAGAGUCGGGCAGAACAUCAUGUAGUGGAAGGAUUGGAAAGCCUUGUAGCAGAGGGGACUGAUGAUAAGGAACAUCUGGAGAAGAAAAGAAAACUACCUGACAGUACAAGGAGAGCAAAGCUGCCAGUUAAACCCAUCCCAGUUUCAAGGAGAAAUGCUCAAGGUGUUGAUGCUAAAGAGGACACAGCAGCGCUUUCUUUAAAACAAACUACCUCAUUACCCAUUUCAACACAAGAGACGAGAUCAGUUCCAGAGCAAACUGUGCCUGCUGUCAUUUCAUCAACCAACAACUCAAUAUCAGCCACAAUCUCAGACAGAGGAGCAAUUACAGAUCAUUCUGCAACCAGCGACAAUACGCGUUCGCCUGUCCCUGAAGCGUCUGUCCAGGACGGUCCCUCCCAAGGCAUCAUGGGAAAAGUGGACCUCUCAGGCAAAGAGACAGUUGAGUUAGCAAGUGGAUCAGACUUGCAAGGUGUCAGUCAAAUCACGCCUAUUGCCACAAGUGGGCCGCUUACAAGGUGA